UAAUUGUCUCUAGACGGAACUGCAUGCUGGAUCAUCUUACAUGCUUGCACCUUGAUAUGACUAUUCAUAAGUAUGAGAGGAAAUUUGUGUCUCACACUACCACCUACUUCUUACCUUCGUAUCUCAUUUAAUGGGGAUGAUGGUUCUAUUGAGAUACUGGCAAAAUUAACCUCAGGGGCUCAUUGCACUAGCUUAGAGAUGGAAGAGAUUUCUGCAGACAACUCAAGAAGAUCUUUCUUACUCAGGACUGUAGAUGAUGUGGUUUUUUACUUUUGGUGCUCUGAGAAAUCUCAGUUUCUAGGGAAUGAAAUGCUCAGAAAGAUGAAGGAUUUGCUUGUAAGAAAACCUUCCUUGGCUGAAUUAACUGGAAUAAGUGAUGACCGUCUCAACUCCUUUCCAACUCAGCUCAGAACUUAUCUUGGUGGGUCUAUAGCGAGUAAUGAACCAUAUAGUGGUGUUCUUCCAUCUAGCUGUCCAUCAGAUGAUGUUUCAUUAUAUUCUGCUGAGCUUCAUUUUCCUUACUUAUGAGAAAAGCUCAGGAUCCGAGCAAUACGGCCUUCGAGGGUCAGUGACAGACCUGAACCAUCUUAAUGGUCUCUAUACCAACUCUGGUUCAUAUGAAAUGAGGCUGCCAAAUAAAUUGUCCUCUAAACACGUUACUGCUAGAGAAAACUUGAUACAAGUUGGGGAUAACAGUGCUUUCCCCAACAGCUUGUCUCUUGCAGCGACAAUCAAUAUCGAACUAUCAAAUUCUCUCGGCUUUGCCAAAGGAAAGCUUCCUGAAGCAAAUUUAGUUCACCCAUUUACUGCUCUAAAUGCCGUGGAUGCAUUUAGUAAACCUUUGGAUCUCCCUCUCUGUGGCUCAAAAGUGCAGGUUCAUUCGUCACACCCAUCUCAUUAGUCUUCUCACUACUGCUGGUGUCCUCCCGCUGCUUCAACUCUGCACUACACUCUCAGGAACUCUCAAAUGUCAACCGAAUCUCUUCAUUUGGCUCCACUCUCUUCUCUACUGACCUCUAAAUCAUCUCUGAGCUUGUCUGACGUUCCAGCUAUGGAUUUUCCUAGCUUUCAGCCAGAGCCAUUUAUAACUAGCCUAGCAACCUCACAGCACAUCCCAACAUUUACACCUUUGAUGUGUGAUCCAAUCAUCCACAUUCCCAUCUAUUCAUCCGGCCCAGGAUACUUAGUAUGUUCUGGCCCGGCCUUUACUAAUCAUUUGAGAUGAGACGGAGGGAGUAUAAUGUAGCGGUAGUGUAAUCCUCAACUUUUGUGAAAUGAAGCAUAUUUGUUUCUUUGCUCUA